AUGAACCGGAUCACAGUGUAUGAGCGCGCCGACUUUGAGGGGCUGAGCCGAGAGUUCACCUGCGACGUGCCUGACCUGCACGAGCUGGAUUUUGGGAACUGCAUCGCCUCCCUGAAGGUGGAGGGGCAGCCGUGGAUUGCCUACACGGACCCCAAAUACGAGGGAGAGCCACACGCCUUCGAGGAGGGCGAGUACCCCUCUGUGGAUCGGCCCAACAGCUUCUCAGCACUGCGCCUCGUGCACCAUGACCUGGGGGACCCCCAGAUCACCCUCUACGAGCACCCCAACUUUCAAGGUGCCUGCAAGGUGGUGACAGAGGAGACCAACUUGGCGUAUGGGUACUUCAACGACCGGGUUGCCUCCCACAUGGUGCAGCGAGGCGUCUGGCUGCUCUACCAGCAUCCCGGCCGGGGAGGCUGGCACUGCCUGGCGUGGCCUGGCGAGCAUCUCGCCGACUACAAACUGGAGCUGAACUUUCAGUCUCGGCUGUCCCACCUGCGCCCACUACGGCCUGGGAGGCCCCUGGUCUCAGCACGUCUCCUCUGGGAACAGAAGCGGGUGGAGGAAGAGCGGGAGGUGCUGGUGGAUGAGAUUGAGGGGGUGAACGAAACAGAGUCAGAGCAGGCGCUGGCGGCCAGCAGCAGCCGGGAGUACGGCACCACACUCUGGCAGAGCUUCCACUUCAGCAAUGCCACCAGCCUCAAAGCCGGGCUCUCCUUCACGCUGACCGUGGAAGCCUCCAACAUCUUUACGGUUCAGAAAGGGCGCAGCGAAAGCAGCACUCGCCGGCAGCGCGUGGAGGUGCAGCUGCCAGCGAAGAUCCCCCCGCGCACAGCUCUCAGCAUCCAAGUCCUUCGGAAGGAGGUGACGCUCUCCGUGCCAGUCCUGCUCACCAUCACCCAGAACGAGAGCGUUCGUACGGAGAUGGGCGAAUACCGCAGCGUCUCAGGUACCAAUGUCAGUGCCCGCUAUAGCUUAAAGCCACUGCCAGCUACGGGCAGGGAGCAGGCGGCCACCAAGGGGACAGACACAGUUCCUGGCACCAGGAUGGAACCAUAG